AUGCAGUGUCGCUCUCUGUUGCAGACCGCCAAGACGAAGGCAGAGGCGCGGAUAGAAUGCUUGAGGAAAGGAGGAGUGAACGUCGACGAGUGGCUGGAGGAGGCAGACUAUCUGGAUCCCAAGGACGUGCCCCGCUCCACCAGCUCGCUGUCGGUGCACACGGACGCGUCCGGCACAGGGGAGCCGCACAGCUCGGACUUCUACGACUCGGACUACACGGACGCGGAGGGCGAGCGCGGCGGAUCGCACGCCGGCCGCUCCGGCAGCACGUCGGGCGCGGCCGGCGCGUCCGCCUCCGGGGCCGCGGGCUCGGGGGCCGCAGCGGGCCGCGACUACGACGACGACGAGGAGGAGCGGCCCGACUCCACUGAGGUGGACGGUGAGUGGGGACGACGGGGGCCGACGGAGACGGAAAGCGGUGCGGACGGAGCACCCAUGCUGGAGCAGGAGCGCCAGCGGAUAGAGCAGCUGACGGCGGGCUGGGACGACCCCACGGCCGCCUGGGGAGACGAGCCGGACGACGCCGCAGCCGGCGAGGCAGCGGAGGCGGCUGCGGAGGAUAGGCCGCUGGGCAUGGCGGGCAACGCGGGCGGGCCCACCUACAAGUGCAUCGCGCUCUACUCCUACACGGCGCAGAACCCGGACGAGCUCACCAUCGUGGAGAACGAGCAGCUGGAGGUGGUCGGCGAGGGCGACGGGGACGGGUGGCUGUGCGCGCGGAACUACCGCGGCGAGGAGGGCUUCGUGCCCAGCAAUUACCUGGACGUGGAUCGGGAGGCGUCGGGCGGCGGGCUGCAGGCAGGCGCCUCCAACUACCAGCUGUCGAACCAGAUCUCGUUCUCCUCCGUGGACUACACGGUGGCGGGCGAGGGCGACGGGGUGUUCCCCGAGGCGGCGCAGCCCGCCAGCCAGCAGGUGGAGGAGGUGGCCGAGGUGUACGAGCCGCCCUCCGGGCCGCCCCCGGCCAUGCCGCCCCCGGGGCCGCCCCCCGCGGCGCCCGCCGCCGCACCACCGUCCCACCCGACGCCGCAGCCACUCAGGUUUGUUUUUCCCUUCGGCAGCCUGGUGGGCGACCUGGGCUACUGCAUCGCGCUGUACGACUACGAGGCGACGUGCGCCGAGGAGCUGUCCUUCUGCGAGGGCGAGGUGGUGCGCAUCCUGCGCAAGGUGGUGCACGACGACGUGGACGACGGCUGGUGGGAGGGCGAGCUCAACGGCCAGAAGGGGCUGUUCCCCUCGCUCGUCGUGGAGGAGUGCCACGCCAACGGCGAGCCCAUCACGCCAUCGGCUGACGAGACGCCGCCGAUGUCCGCGCCGCCCGUGUUCACGCCGCCGGAGGCGCCGCCGUCCUUCAUGCUGGCGCCGCAGUCCGUGAUCGUGACGCAGGCCACGCCCAUGGUGGAGGACCCCAACGAGCCCAAGGACGACUCCCAGCCGGUGGCGCCGCCAGCCCCCGCACCGGAGCCGAAAAAGUUCAGCUUUUCCAUGGAGAUGGAGGGCAGCAAGUAUAAGAAGUACGAUAGUCAAUUUCCGGAGGGUUCAGCUGCCAAAUCAGGACCACCAAUCAUUGUGCCGCCGAUUGUGACGAUCGCUGUGGAGGGAGAGGAUGGCGAGCCCGUCUCGGACGAGGGACAGGGGGCCGAUGGCGAUGACCCCGGCCUGUGCGUCGCCUCCAUCGUCAUCACUUGUGCCACGCCGAUGGUGGAGGAGGCCGGCAGCAGCUUCCCGCCGCCCCCGGAGGAGGAGGGCGACGGCGACCAGGACGCCGCCGAAGAGGAGGAGCCGCAGACGGCCGUGCCGGCCAGCAGCAGCACCGGUAGCGAGGAGUCCUUCACCACCGACAACUCGCAGAGCCAGGCGCCCUCCGGCGCCAGGAAGCAGCAGCCCGAGUCUCCGGACGAGGUGCCGCCGCCGCCGCCCGAAGAGGACGCCGACGACCCGCCGCCCCUGCCAUCCGGGGCCGGCGUCAAGGCGGAAGUGCCGGAGGACCUGGAACCGCACCAGCUCGAGAAGCUGGAGGGGCUCAAGGAGUCCAACGCGUAGAUGAAAGUUAAUUAGCAAGUAUAGUCAGUGCUGUUAUCUAAGUAUAUUAUGCUUAUCAUGGCUAGGCGGUGGCAGGAGUUUGCCAAAUAGGAAUGGUGGAAAGUUAUGAAAGAAUCUCUCUUUGGCCCACUGCACAGCACCACGUUUAUCUUCUCAUGCACGAAAUUUGUAUCUACGCACGUGCGGUACGAGGUAUUCGUACAGUACCUUAAAAGAUCUGUGAAACGACAGCAUAAGUUGGGCCAACCUACAAUAGCUUCAUUGAAACCUGUCCGAAGCUUGAAAUGUAUUGAUAGUUGUAUAAGCAUUGUGCAUAUGAGGCAAAGAUAUUAGACAUGUGCAGAGUUGACGGACAUAUAGAGGCACUCCACACGACGAAUUAUAAGAAUGGACGCACACAGCAUAGCUUAAACACAUAUUUAUCUCACAUUUGACCAAUUUUUACAGUGAGAGUUACUCAUAUAAAUGAUAUGAGAUAAAUGAACAUGCUGAUGCUGUCACAUUAAUCCAAGAAAAAGGUACACUUUGUUAAUAUUUUAAAUAAUUUUCCCCGAUAGACUAUAUGAGCAUCAUAUUUAGCUAAAGAUAUUAUACGACAGUGAGUCUUUAAUUGUGUCAACCUCUGUUAAUAUGUGACUCAUAGAGAACGCCUUCAUUUCAGCAAUGGAUUCUAAUGAUAGUGCACUGUAAAUAUCCAGAGGGCAGUUUUGGUGCUAACACGUAGAACAAUUACCAAGAAUUAUUACAUACGCUCUUAUUCUGAGAACCUGUCAGAACUUAUCAAAUUCCCGCUCUUAAUCAAAUUGUUCUAUACGUCAUCCUGUGGAAAAAUUGUCUCCAAAACAGCCAACUCUUUGGGAAGAGGAGUUGUUUUGUGCAAAGGAAGCAGUACAACAAUAGAAUACUUUUAUUGCUUAUAUAUCCGCGCUUGCCUUCAUGUUGUACAUAUUGUAAAUUUGUGUGUGUGUGCAUAGCCCUCUUUCCUCCUGUCAGAAAGAGGAACAAAUUUAGGGAUGUAACCAUGCACUUGAUUACAUUGCAAUAUUUUAAUGUGGAUCAGUCUCUUAACUAGAUUUGGGGCUGAUUUCUACGUAGACUGACCCGACGAUGUAUUCAUCCUUAAGUGAGCGUCCGUGUAGUAGGUGUGGGCCUGGGCCUGGGUUCGCUUAUGGCAAUUAAUAUGAACAUGAGUGCGUGUCUGUAUAUAAGUACGCAAGUGAGUAGUUGCAUGCAAGUGUAUGUGUGUCAUAGAUAAGCGAAUGAAAAGAAUCAUGUGAAUGACUGACGUGUUUAUCUUGGAUGCUUCAUGUAGGGAUACCAUUCCAAAGCUAUUACAGUAAAGAUUAGAAAUGGGGAAGGGACGACCAGUGUUGCGAUAAAAGUUAGGGAAAAAUUCCCCCAAAUACACUUAUUUAGACCAGGACGCAUCUACGCCUGCCGACUAGGCAACACUCACGCAGCCGCUCUGAGGUGUUGCCUAGUAGGCAGGUGUAGAUGCAGCCUACUCCACAAAAAUGUAUUAGUGGGACGUUUUGCCAUCACAACAUUGGGGACGACUACUUUCAAUAUCGAAGUGGCGAAGACGUUAAUCAAUUAUGGCCCAUCUUGGCCAAAUGUUUUUUGUUUUUUUAAUUAUUACUUCCGAAUUUUUGAUGGGACAACCGUUCAAUCCCUUUUUUGCCCAAACAGCAAAACAAUUUUGCUGAUGUUCAACAAAAUUCGUUUUGUUUGUGAAAUUUUAUCUCCGUUACGACUUUUAGGGCAAUACUCAGAUUGAACUUGUGCGAGAAGAGGGGAAAUAAUAAUCAUCUGUUUCCAUUCGUUAUCGUUAUACCUGUUUCUAUUUUUCUAUAGAGUAUCGUACUUUGUCUUAGUUGUCUGUUAUUUUCUUUCGGUGUGUAUAGUGUACAUCUUCUGUCGGCAAUAUUGUGAGAUGCCUACCAAAUAAUUAUCAAGCAUUUCUGCCUGAUUUUGGAGGUAUUCUUAUUAGUCUUACUAAAACAAUCUUUCUGAUGUAAAUAAUUUUGUUAACUUCUUUUAAAUGUUUAUUUACAUAGGAUUCAGGCUUGAUUCAGGCGAGGGCUUAUUCCUAUGGUGAUUGUAUUAAUAUCUAAUAUCUAGUCAGUUGCGAACAUGUUGAUUGAGAAAGUCAAUGAUAUUCAAAGGUUGGUUAUGCUGAUCAAGUACAGUCUCUUGAUUGAUUAUCUUCUCUUAAAAUUAAGUAAGUUUCAAAUCAAGAUUUAAAUGAAUGAAAAUCUUUAAAAACUAUUUACUUUUGCCGGGAUAGUUAAUCCAGUUACACGCUGGUACUCAUUCGGGUGUUCACAUCAAACAAAGGAACCACAGUAUUCAGGCAACAUGUACCCCUAACUGCCAUAUGAAAAAAAAUGUUACUUUGUGCGGCCAUUGUCGGUUAUAGGGCAAGUAACAUUUAGGUUCCACUGAUGUUUUGAGCGUGAGUUGUCUCGGGGCUCGGGUGUCUGGCAUAAAACGCGGGUGUAUGGCAUUUAAAAGACUCCCAUCAUUAUUGUCGGAGAAAAGGGUGUUCUUGGAUCGUCUUGAAUUUGGCACGAGUUAACGGCACCGAUACUACCCAGGGGUUUAUACCCGUAUGCACGAGUCAUGCAUCGAAGGCAUACUACAGCACUAUACAUCUAUUAUGAAAGUAGGAAAAGCUUUGAAGUACGUAACGUGAAAAUUGAAAUUAAAGCGCAGGUCUAGUGGUGUUGCAGCCUGAGACAGUAGUUUCGUUCUUAUAUAUAAUUACUACUGUUUCAAGUAUAUGUAAGUCGAGGGGACUUCAACCUUGAAGUCACGGCAUAUUCCGCUUCAGGUCUAUUUCAAGCUCGAGCUCGAUGUGUACAAAAUAAAUAAAUAAUAAACUGUACUUAUGCCCACGCCUGUUA